GCCCACUGCUGAUUCUGGCCAGUCAUGUCAGUAAUUCCAGUUCUUCCCGGAUUCCAUUGGCCAUUGAGAGCAGCAGCUGAGACCAAAUUUGAAACAAUCAGAAGCAAAUUCGCCAAACCAAGCAGGUCAAACCCUCUGGACGCGCCAGCCCCGUUGAUCGCUGCCAAUACGAGCCUCGACUGGAUGUGGCGACAGGCAACCAUGAAAGAGGAAUAAUCGGCGUCUUUACUCGCAUUGAAGUAUUUCGCCCGCCAAGCGCUGAUUUGCAGCCCGCUUCCAGGGUCUGGUGGAGCUGCCAUGGGAGGCGCAGCAGUCUUCGGUCAUAUAUAGGACUCUCCUCCACUUCAACCUGAACAUGCCUGAACAUGCUUACACUUCCACUGACAAAAUGCGACCACUGCUACUAUUGCAACCACUGCUUGUGGCUCUGAGCAGCCUCGCUGUCUCUGAGAACAUCGACUCCUUCGCUUCACCACCUGCUCUGCCCACCUCCAAGCCCUACACCCUCAACCUCUCCUGCGCACAAUGUGCCUUUGCAUACGGCGAGUGCGUCAACAGCGUCCAGCUGCCCUCAUUCCUGUCCAUCACAUUCCACACGCAAAACGACACCCUCCUCGCCAACGACAACGUCAUCUUCCCCACCCCAUUCCCCAUGGAAUUCAACGCCAAACGCACCACCGACAGCAACAUCGAAGACAGCGUGCCCGUCGCUUACGCCCUUGACGUCCAGCCCCUCCCCCACCAGCCCGACGCUGAGCUCAACGACCUCUACCGCCUCAAACUCACCCUCGUCGACAUGCAGGGCCGCACUGCAACAGAGAGUCCCGUCUCGCUAGGACUGGUGCGCGACGCAGACAGCAAUCUCAAGAUCAUCUCGGUGGAAGAGGGCCGUCCGCAUCGCAGAUUCCACCACACCCACGGUAACCAACGCGGCAGCUGGUGGGAUCUGGAGGCGUGGAAGUCGGCGUAUAUGAGGUAUCUGCAUAUGAUGACCAAGCCCAGACACUGCAGGGAUGGAUCGACCCGUGGGAAUGGGAAGGAUGGUGUACACGCGCACUGUCAUCGCCGCCAGCGUGUCUCGGACUGGGCCGGUGAUAGACAUUACAUGAGACAUCUGCGACCGGUUCUUCUCCCGGCUGUGAUGGGUAUGGUUGCUGGGAUUAUUGCCUGCGUUGCGGGAUUCAUUGUUGGCAAGGUUAUCGUGGCGACGUUCUAUUGCUUCCGCGAGCGCAGGGCAGGCGCUGGACGACACCCUGAGGUCUGGAUUGAGGCGGAUGAAACUGUGUCGGAGAAGGAGAGGCUGAUGGAGGAGGACAGGCUGAUGGAGGCUUACAGAUUGGAGGAGGAAGAUUGACGUUCUUUAUUCUUUUUUUACCUUUCUUUGGUGUUUACAUACAUAAACCAUACAUAGCGGCCUCGAAUUAAAAAGAACUACUUCAUGAUACAAGCACUCUGCACCU